CCAACAUUUGACAUUCAGUAUUUGCCAUAUUAGUUUCUAGUUCCACUUUGUUCCGGUCGUUCCCUCUCCUUUUCUUUUGCGACUGUUCGCCAUCCAAAAUGACGAAAGGUACAUCAAGUUUUGGUAAACGUCAUAAUAAGACGCACACAUUGUGUCGUCGUUGCGGACGUUCUUCAUACCACAUCCAAAAGUCAACCUGCUCCCAAUGUGGUUAUCCCGCUGCCAAGUUGCGUUCAUACAACUGGUCAGUGAAAGCUAAGAGGAGGAAGACCACUGGCACUGGGCGCAUGAGUUACCUGAAGGUGGUCAGACGCCGUUUCCGCAACGGUUUCCGUGAGGGCACUCAAGCCAAACCCAAGAAGUCCACCCAGACUAAAUAAGUGUAAACAUAUGACUUAGCUUAGGCGAACGACCGCAAGCCGGGGUUUGCCUGCCUGGUAUGGUCUACGCUUUAUUUCUCUUUGUAAGGAAUAGUUGAAACUAAAAGAAUGGGAAAUAAUAAAAAAAUAUUCCAUGUUUUUGUAAAACAA